AAAGCAAAAAAGAACACUAGGCUUUGUCUCUCUUCUCCUUCUUUCUCUCUCUCUCUCUCUCUCUCUCUCUCUCUCUCUGUCUUAGCUUUUCUUCGUUUUCACUCAUUCCCCGAAUUCCACGGCAUCAUUUUAGGUGCCCAAGUAGCAAAGAAGAGCAACCCUUCAAGUCAUGUCCUAUUUUCUCUGAUUUUGUGGAAAAAAAGUGGCAUUUGGGGGGAUUUAUGAUGAUCUUUGCCACGUUAUCUCUUCACUGUCUAUGAAAUUUUGUCAAUUGGUGAACUGUGAAUUGAGAGGGACUGCAUUGAAUUCCCUUGGUUGUAAUUUCAGAUGGGGGAAAGAAAACUGAAUUUUAGUGCACCUCUUAUGUCUGUGAGGCGAUUCUCUUCGCCAAUACCAUCUGAAGAUAGAAGGAAUAGGAAAAUAAUUGAGGAUUAUCCGUCCACCCGACAACUUGCACUUCCUUUUUAUAGGUCAGAAUUGGAUUUGGAGCAAGUGACAGAACCUGUUGCGGUUCCGUUUCACUGGGAGCAGAUCCCGGGAAGAGCCAAGGAUGGCCAGGGACCUGAGCCCCAGCCUCCUGAUGAGGCCUCUACUACUCCAAGGCUUCCUCCUGGAAGGUUUUGGGAUAUUCUGAAACAACCUUCAGAAAAGGAAUGUAAAGAUACAAAUAGGUUUAGCUUCAAAAUUGAAGCAUAUCCUUCAAAUGACAAUUUGAUCAAAUUGGAGUGCUCCAAAGAGGGGAUAAAUGAGAAAGGGAGCUCGGAUUUGGAAGACGGCAGUGAUGUUUACUCUGAUGCAGUUGAGACACUGUCUCCUACAUAUUCAUUCUCCAUGAAUUAUAGUGCAAGUGGUCUGAGCGGCUCUGAUGGUCCUGAUGGGAAGCCCUCUGGAACCUUCUCUACAGAUCCAGAAACUCGAGAUUUUAUGAUGAGCCGCUUCUUACCCGCAGCCAAGGCAAUGGCUUUAGAGCCACAUCGAUAUGCUUCAAGGAAGCAAGAUAUGCCACCUGAGCAACCUAAACAAGUUAAAAGAGUGGUUAGUGAAGAUAGGAGGCCCUUAGUAAAUCAAAACAAGCUUGACAUUAUACCACUGUAUGGCCAAAAUAAAGACGAAGAAGAAAGUGAAGAUGAAGAGGAUGACCAUGACAAUUCUGGCAAUAAUUCAGCUAAAGGUUGUGGGUUAUUCCCAUCAUUACGCCUUAAGAAUUCUUUGUGCCUCUUAAGUCCAGUGCCAGGGAUUGGAGUUAGGACACAGGGUUCUGCGUCUUCGACCCGUGACACUUUAAGACCAGGAAAAACCGCUUAUAGUCGAUCUCACACUCAAACUACCCGAAAGCAUGCCUGGGGUGCUGUUCAUGAUUCUAAACCGGACUACGGAGUUCGAUCAGCUGAACUGCAAAAGGUUGAUAAAAAGCAGACUGGUGAAUCGAGUCGGUUUACUCGUUCUGGAGAACUGCAUAAGGUUGAUAAAAAGCAGACCGGUGAAUCCAGUCGGUUUACUCGUUCCGGAGAACUGCAGAAGGUUGAUAAAAAGCAGACUGGUGAAUCCAGUCGGUUUACUCGUUCUGGAGAACUGCAAACAACAGGUAGAUUUUCUCCCUACAGGGGUUCAGGGGGUGCUGGAGUAUCUCCCUACAGGAAUAAAGCAUCCCAGUCUCCCUUUCGUGGAGCCAGGUUUCUUGGUGUUCCCAAAGAAGUUGAGAAUAUCAAAACCAACAAGUUCAAUCUGUAUGUUGAAGGCACCAACAAAAAUAAACAAGGGUCAGGCUCAAUGAGCCCUGCAGUUGAGAAGACAUUGUAUGUAGAUACUGUAAAUACUGCAGAAAUAUCAUUAUCAAAUUCAAGAUCCUUGGAAACCAAGGGAUGGAUUUACUCUUCUGGUGAGGACUUAGAGACCUCAUUAGAGGGAAAAAUGUUUGAAGAAACUACCAAUGCUGAAUCUGUUUUCCAAGAUAUAAAAUGCCUAAAUAUUUCAACGGAAGGGGACGUAUUAGAAUCCUUUGUGUCCGUUGAUGCUGAUUUAUCUUCUAUGUCCGAGAUAUCACAUCUGAAAGGCCAAGAUGUCAUGAUGGAUGGCUCUGGACAGGAUCAAGGACUUGAUAAAAGAUCUAGGUCCUUGGAAUGCUCAAAACCAAUUACUGAAGGAAAUCUAAAUAUCGACAGUGAUCAGAUCCAUAAAGCUGAUGAUCCAGGAAAUGCUGAUUCUAGUUCUGUAAACUCCAAUCUUCCCCCUGCUUUACCAAAGUCUCCUUCUGAGUCUUGGCUUUGGCGUACACUGCCUUCCAUUUCCUCGCGAAACCUGUUUUCUCAUUCGAAUCUUGGCACUCAUAAGCAUCUUAAGAAGCAUGAUUCUAAGACAUCCUCCACUAAUACCAAGUGGGAAACAAUUGUAAAAACUUCUCAUUUGCGUCACGAUCAUGUUCGUUAUUCUGAGGAAUUAAUUACUCAUGUUUCUCAGCAAUCCAAAACUUAGGCUCAGAGGUGCUUAAAAAGCCCAUAGGCUCAUUGGCUUGUUUGGGAAGUUACAUUUUGAAAUAGUUAAGAUAGUAUAUAUCUUCCAUCCCAUCAUUUCACCUGGAGGUUUUCCUACACCAUUGCUUCUCCUGGUAUGUUUGGUAAGAGGAGUUUGGCUUGCUCAAUUCUUGUAAUUCUUGUGUAAGUUUUUUUCACCAGUUUUUUUUUUAUUUGGUGAAUAGUCAAACCAGGUCAUAAAUAUAAUUACUUGUAAUGCCCCCAUAACCUUUUCUACCGUCUUCAUUUUUCUGUGGUGUUGUAUUUUAUAGGAGUUGGUGGACUUUUUGUUUGGCUAAUAAAUGGAGAUAUGGCUUCCUUGGUUACUUGAUAACUUGGAUACUCUGUCAUUGCAGAAUUUCACAUCAUCUCUGGAGAUAUGAGAUAGUUUCCAUGGUUACUUGGAUACUCUGUCAUAGCAGAAUUUCACAUCAUCUCUGGGUUCCAUGUGUUUUUAGAUUUUUAAACAGAUUCUAAAUGCUUAAAUGGCUAGUCGAGUAGUUCAACUGCUAAUCAUUAGCCACUUUUCUUUGUACUUUUCCUUUAUUAUGGUUACUCAAGAGUUACUGCUCUUCUUAACCGUCUCUCAUUCUUAUUGUCUUUGCCCUUCAGCAAUGAAUUUAACUUGGUUUGUUCAUCUUUCAUAGUUUUACUUAGAAACUUCACUUGUGGAAUAUGUUGUCAACUUAUCAUCAAUUGGUAUGGGCUACAUGUAUGGAAAUGCAAUCAAAAAGUAUUCUUACAAUUAAAGGCAAUGAACAUUAGCAGAUCCAUCAUUUAUGGCUUUCA